AAGUACCCGGAUGAGAGGCAGGAAGACCUGCGCAGAUGUGCAGCAGUAAUACAAACCCGCAUCUACCGACAGCUCAGAACGCAGCUGUGCGUCUGCGGUGUAUUAACCCUCGAUUCCACUUGAAACCAUCUGCCUGGUCGAUCCCAGCUGAGCAGAAGCAUCAUUGAGUGGCCUUUAGGGGUUCAAGUGGAUCUUCAUGCUCUGGGUCAGCUGUACCUCAUGGAUGACGGACAGUGGCAGAGCGACGGCCCAGUGAGGCGAGGAGGAGGAGAAACCGACCCAGAUUUCCUAAACGACUCCGAGUCAAGCACCAGCCCGGACGAGAACCAGAACCGCUUGGUCGAGGAGGCAGAGGAAGUUGAACAAGGUCCUCGGGGAGGGCAGAGGAUCCUCCGACACGACAAUAUAAAUAAUAACGCAGAUGAUGAAGAUUAUGAUGGUUCCAAGUUGGAUGAGGAGGAUAAUGAAGAUGAGGGGGUGGAUAGUCACAGUGGAGCGUAUUCUCCAGAGCUGGACGGACACAUCCGAGAUUCACCGACUCCCAGCCCUAGUCCCACAGUUUCAGAGAGUCUUGUGAGUCCUGUAGGGACACCACACAAUGAAGUUGCUUCACCCCAUGGCUUUAUUCGCUCCCUGGCUGUGUCGCUGGAGGGAGAUAACCCACUUCUGCCACAGUGUCUCCACCAGAUUGCAGAGUCAUUUAUCCGUGAGGAAGAUUACGAGAGAGCAGUCCGGUUCAUACAGUUAGAAAGACUUUAUCACGAACGCUUGCUGUCCAACCUCGCCGCCCUACAAGAGCAGUGGGAGAGCCGAUUGAGUUUGAUCGGCAGAUGUCAGGACAGUAAAGAAAACAGAAGUGACCUGGAUGUCGAACACCUGGAGAGACUGCGGCACAUCUGCAGGACACACAGGCAACCGGCACACAGCGCUGAGAAGUGUGAGUUGGUGUCCAAAGUUCAGAGGAACAGCGUGAUCAGAGAGGACCUGGCUGAAGAAGACCUCAACACUCAACAACUUUCAUGCCGCUCAGGGAACGUUAUGGAAGAGCACAGUACAUUUGAUAUACUCGCCCAGCCUGACGAUAGUAGCAGCACUGCCCUACAACCCCAGCAGAGUGAACAGCCCCAUGACCCCUCCCCCUCAUUAGCCACGCCCCUUCCCUCCUCCUCAGCAUUGACGGACAGCUCCUCCUCUUCUGCCUGUGAGGAGGCAAGCUUAGAAGAGGAGAGCAGAAGCGUGGCAGCUUCUCACGGGGAUGCAACACCACAGCCCGAGAAUCUCCCGUCUGAGUCGCCGAUGGAUGCCCCUCAGCCAGGGGACGUCAAGGCCCAGCAGCCCCAAACGGACACAGAUGGGCCUGAAGCGGUGACGGAGCGGACGGGAGACGCUGUGGACACGUGGCAGGACAUGAAGGAGACAGAUACUCGCUCUAAGCUGGAUGGUGGAGGAGAGGAAGAGGUGAUGGUUGAAAAGGCAGAUGUUUUGAAGCAAGAGGAGACGGGAGAUGAUCAGGACGUUCCAGAGUUUGAUUUGGAGGAUGAACAUGGGGUGGAGACGCUGGACGUUAUAACCGUGUCCACGCUGGACGACAUGGCCAAACGCAUACAGGUGGAAGAGAUCACACCAGCAGCAGGUCUCGUGUCUAUUUUAAAGAGGCAAGUGUCUCUAGAAGGAGCCAACAGUUCUGCCCCCGCUGCUCCUAAACCCAAGGUCCGCAAGGUCCGUUUCCGAGAACCAGAUGAUGGCCUGGACCACGAUGAGGUAGGCGGAGACUCUUGGAUCCUCCUCCUCUUGUUGUGCUUGGCCACUGUGGUGAUCAGUGUGGGCGGGACCGCGCUGUACUGCACCUUUGGAGAUGCCCAAUCCAGCGUGUGCACGGACUUUUCCCAUAACGUGGACUUUUACAUCGGCCGGGUGCAGAGAGGGAUGGAUGAGAUCAAACACUGGCUGUCUCCGAGCUCAUAGCAGGACAAGGAAAUGACAAAAUGAUGCUGUCUUCUCGUAUAAUUUCUUAAUAAUGAAGUGAAAAUAUGUUAAGCUGCAACACUUACAGCACAACAAACUUCAUGCUGUGACUUAAAAAAUGUUCAUAUACAGGACUCGGCUGGGUCAUUCUGUCACAGAAGACACCCAAAUGAACCUUAAGCCUGUCAUUCAGGUGUGAAAAAGAGGACGCCCGUCCUCCAGAAGACUUCUUGGCCAGUUUUUGACUCCAGUAGCUCACUGUUUACUGCCAUCGACUGAACCUCAUACAAAGAGAUGUUGUUUUUAAAGUCUUAAUAUUUGGUAGACGGGAUUUUCUCUUUAUUCAAAUAAUAUUAGCACUACAGAAAAAUUAUGGACAUAACCAUCUGUAGCCUGGACGUAGCAUCCUCCUGCGGUCAACCUGGAUGGUCUUACAGAAAACGUUUAAAAAGGACAAAAAAAGCAAUACGUGUCUUAAUAUAUACAUUACAGUCAGCAAGAAUAUACAAAUGGGGGAAGAAAGCUGGUUUCAAUUUGGUAUUGGUAAAUCGACAGAAAACUUGUAAUAGAUUUAAGUUUUUUAUAAUUGCUCAUUUAAAUAUUUUAGUAGCUGGUACAGCUAAAAAUCAUAUUAACGAUUAAUCGCGAUUAAUCUAUAGCAGAAUAAAAGUUUUUGUUUACAUCAUAUAUGUGUGUGAACUGUGUAUAAUAACUUUGUAUAAACAAAUGCACACAAAUGCAUGUAUAUAUUUAAGAAAUGUUUACAUGUGUUUAUACAUUUGUACAUUUAUGUAUAAUUUAUAUUAUAUAUAAAUACUUAAUAUAUGAAUACAUUUUUUUCUUAAAAUUAUACAUGCAUGUAUGCAUAUUUAUAUAUACAUAUUUAUUAUACACAGUUUACACACAUAUAUGAUGUAAACAAAAACUCUUAUUCUGCUAUAGAUUAAUCGCGAUUAAUCGUUAAGCAUCCCUAUUUCAGACACAGCCCAGGAUUUGUUAAUCCCUAUGUUUAACCAGUUCCCCAAAUAUAUGAUGCCUUGCUGACUGUAUCUACACUGUAAAAAAUGUUGGGUUAUUUAUUUUCAACCCAGCAUUGGGUCAAAAGGGGGACAAACCUAUGCUGUGUUGGUUUAAUCAUAAACUGUAAAAAAUAGUGAAGUCACCCAUAGGUUUGUAAAGAGAUUUUUUGAAGCCAAUAGCUGCCGUCUACAUUUUGGCCAUGCAUUACUUGCAAAUAACCGAAAAUGGGUAAAGACAGGGUUCCCACGGGUCCUUAAAAUCCUUGAAAGUUUGUAAAUCUGGGGGGGGGAAUCAAGGGAAGUUUUUGAAAAUAUACAUACAUAGAUACAGGUCAAUGAAAAUGCUUGAAUCUAUUUUAUGCAAGAAGUUUUCUGGAAAAAAAUCAGUAUAAUUCCCUGUGUAGUGUGGGAUAAUAUCAUAAAAAUUCUAGACUUUUUAAGCACACGUGCUAAAUUGUUCGCUUUAAAUGCUUGAAUCUUUUGUAUGCAAAUGUUGAUUCAUACCAAAAUGCUUUUUUGCAUAUUUAAGUUUGACACAUGAAAACAUCUUAGGUUACGUAUGUAACUGUUGUUUCCUGAGAAGGGAACGAGACGCUGUGUCACCCUUGCCAUACUUCCUGCGUCCCUGUAACGCCAUCUUUGGCAAUAUUUCAGAUAGUGAUAUACUUCCUGGCCCUGGUGUCACCCUGUCUUUGUCGUUAAGCCUCACCAUUGGUUGAAUUUGAUAUACACAUUCAGACGCACUUACCCCUGGGUACCUCCGGGUAUUGGACAUGGAAAGUUCUUGAAAGGUCCUUGAAGGUGUGGGAACCCUGUAAAGAGGCAGGCAGGACUUGGGUAAAGCUGAGGUGGCUGGUUGCUGAAACCACACCUGCCUAGCUUGACAGCAGAAGUGGCAGUUCACCUGUCACUCAAGUAGCGCGCUCUUAAUUAUACAGAACUUUAAGACUUAAUAUAAUUUAAACAGUUGUCAUAAAGGGCAAAUUUAGCUAUACAGACCAAAUAUAUUGUACCAGGCUAUAAACAUAUUUUCUACGGUAAAUUUGGGCAUUUUAACAUGGGAAUUUCUCACUUCCGUAUUGGCUACAUCAGAGAGAUCAUAAGGUUGCCCCUCGGUUUUAACCCAUUGUUGGGUCGGAUACAAAUUAGUUUUGGUUAACUUAUCCUAAUGGCUGGGUUUGUCCCUUUCUGACCCAAAUAACCCAGCAUUUUUAGAGUGUAUAGAUGAAUGGGGAGUUUGGUACUACUGCGAGAUAAUUGUUGUGAUUUUACUAUUUUCUCAGGCAUGGUCUUAUCGAUGAUAACAGUUAUUGUAAUGAUGGUGUUCGAAUACUUUGUUUUUAAGUUAUUAUAACAUGAAAUCCUGUGUUAAAUGAACUUCUUUUAAGUCACAUUAUUUCUUAUUUUGUCAUGAAUGCAUUGUGUUUGCACUACGCAGAACAUUUGUGACCCUGUCUGUGAAAUCCAGGCUAAAGUCUCAUAAUAUAACUGAGAUAAGGAGCAUCAAAGUUUGAUAUGAUCUUACUCAGUCAAUAUUAAAGAUAUCAGCGUUAUACUGUAUUUUAACUCCAUGAUCUUUAUGUAAGAUGAUUUUAUGUAUAAAAAACGACUUUAGCUGGGUUUUCACAGACUUAUUUGUUGUUUCCUUUCGAAGCACAGACCUGCUCUUGUAUUGUCAACAUGUACAAGUAUAUGAAAUUUAAUGUGUAGAUUUUAACACGGUUGUCAAUUUGCUGUGCUCGCGUUCACAAACGUACUUGGCGAGAACUGUAAAAUGUUUUAUGUUUUGUGUAUUUUUAUUUGUAUGUUGUCUGGCUGGUUCAGAUGACAAUGAAUGUCUUAUCGUGUGAGUUUUCAGUAUUUAUUUUUUGCAGAACGUUUUUUAGAAUCACAAUGUACGACUGCAUGCGCUCUCUCUCCUGUCUGUACAGAGACUAUUUGAAAUUUUGGAAACCUUAUACUUGUUUUUCAUCAUUUUGUGUAUAUUUUAUGUAAAGAAUGCUGUAUUUCCUUACUGUAUAGUUCAGAUCUGUUUAGUUACUGGUUUGGGAGAAAAAUUUAAAGGUGAAUGCAAUGAGAUGCCUUUGACCAAAAUACCUGGCAAAUAAAUCUUACUGUUGUGA